AUGCCGAUGAAAUUGGAAGGAAGCUGCCAAUGCGGCGGUGUUGAGUUCACCUUGGACUCCCAAACUCCGGUCCCAUACCAGCUAUGCGCGUGCAGCAUCUGUCGCAAAGUUGGCGGACACCUCGGGAGCGUGAACUUGGGUGGCAUGGCUGACAGCCUCAACAUCAUCAAGGGAAAAGACAUCAUUAAGAAAUACUGUGCGAUCAAAGACCGCGGCACUCCGAAUGAAGAGCUUUGUUCCUCUGAGAGAAACUUUUGCUCAAACUGCAGUACCAUGCUCUGGGUGUGGGAUCACCACUGGCCUGAGUUAAUCCACCCAUUUGCAUCAGCGAUUGACACAGAACUACCAGUUCCAGAUGAGAUGGUAUGCAUCAUGGAAAGCUCGAAGCCGGCAUGGGCACGAUGGCCCGAAGGCAAGAAAAGUGUGCAUACGGUGUAUGGCGGGGACAGCCUUGAAGAGUGGCACAAGAGACACGGAUUUUUUGUCGAGUAG